AUGGAAUUACGUUUAUCUCUUAUUUCUUCGCCUCGUUAUCCAGAUACCAUUAAUGUUGAUGAAGAUUUACAAGAUUAUUUUAGUGAACCACGACGAGUUAAAUUAAAUGAACAAAUUACAAUUCGUCCAUUAUUACAACCAGAAUUAGAGGUACAUUUUCUUAUAUCAUCUCUAACUGGAGAUGAUGUUCUUGUUUCCGGUGAUAAUUGUCGGAUUAUUAUUGAUACAAAAAAAGUUCGUCAAGAAAAAUUAAUUCCAACUUCUUCUCAUACAGAUGAAACAAUUCUAUUUACUAGUCAACGUUUAUGUCAAAUGUUAAAAACAUUUGAUAUUCAUUGGUCAAAACAAACAACAAUACCAACAAUUCUUCUACAUGGAAUUGAUGAUUUCAAUUCACUUGUUGAUUAUGCUUGUUAUCAAUGUGGUUAUCAUUGUCAUACAGUAUCAAGUCAAUUAUUUGCUGGUGAUUCUGCAGCAGCAACAGUCAAACGUAUUGAACAAGCUGUUCAAACUGCACAAAAAUCUACUCCAUGUGUACUUUUUUUUAAUCAUGUGAAUUUUUUAUGUAAAUUAACUGAUGUAGAACAUGAUGAUGCAAUUGUAACGAAUGGUUUUCGAAAAUUAAUUCAACAAGUUCAAUCAACAUUAAUUGAUAGUAAACCAUUCAUUAUUCUAGCAGCUGCUUCACGUCUUCAUCUACUUAGUGAACAAGUCUUAAGUUUAUUUAGUUAUACAUUAUCUAUACCGGCUAUUCCAAUGGAAAUUCGUAAAGAAUGGCUUCGUAAUCGACUUUCGAAUAUUUCAGUAGCAGAUGAUUUUAAUUAUGAUCUUGUUUUAGCUCAAACGAAAGGUUGGCCAAUUGCUGAAGUCGAUCAGUUACUUAGUUUAAUUAUUGAAGCUGCUUAUUGGCGAUCAAUUGAAUCACCGGAUAUGUCAGUUAUGUUAACAAACAUAGAUUUUGAAUUAGGUUUAAAAAAAAGUCAUACAUCAAAAUUAUCUAGUCAACGUAAAGCAAUGAUACCAAAUGUACAUUGGAGUGAUAUUGGAGGAUUAGCUACAGCUAAAAAAGAAAUUUUAAAUACAAUUCAAUUACCAUUACUUCAUCCGGAUUUAUUUGGUGAUUUAGCAAGAACUGGAAUUCUUCUAUAUGGUCCACCAGGAUCUGGUAAAACUUUAUUAGCAAAAGCUGUAGCAACAGAAUUUUCUUUAAAUUUUUUGUCUGUUCGUGGACCUGAAUUAUUAAAUAUGUAUGUUGGUCAAAGUGAACAAAAUGUUCGUGAUCUAUUUGAACGUGCACGUCUUGCAUCGCCAUGUAUUUUAUUUUUUGAUGAACUUGAUUCACUUGCACCACGUCGUGGUCGAUCAUCAUCAGAUUCAUCAGGUGUUAGUGAUCGACUUGUAUCACAAUUAUUAACUGAAAUUGAUCAACAACAACAAGAUCAUCAUAUAUUUAUUAUUGGUGCAACAAAUCGACCUGAUCUUCUCGAUGAUGCACUAUUAAGACCGGGUCGAUUUGAUAAACUUAUUUAUAUUGGUAUUAGUAAUAAUCAUGAUGAUCGAAAACAAAUGUUUCAAGCAUUAACACAAAAAUUUCAAAUUGUUGAUGAAGAAUAUAAUAUAGAUGAUUUUGUUCGUUCAUGUCCGUUGAAUAUGACUGGUGCUGAUUUUUAUGCAUUAGCAAGUACUGCUUAUCUUCGUGCAAUUCGACGACUUAUUACGAAUAAUCAAGAAAAAAUAGAUGAAGAAAAUAAUAUCCAAACAGUAACAUUAAUCAAAAGUGAUUUUUAUGAUGCACUUGAACAUUUUUCGCCAUCGCUCGAUGAAAAUGAACUUAAACAAUAUGAACGAUUACAAAAGUCUUGA